ACUUGUUCAUUGAUUCUCGACACCACACUUCUCAGACUGAUAAAUACUUGAAUUUUCCUCGCUUCAUCAAUGGCGGACAUGAGUAUCAUAGAAGCCAUGGAUCGCCUUUGGUUUCACAGAAUUAUUCUGUUCUCAGAACCCAUAUCACAGGAUGUUCCUAAAACCCUUAAACCCCAUAACAAUCUUUCGAGUCCAACAUCAAGCAUCUCUGUAUUAUCUCUUCCUGAAGCAGAAAUUUUGGAACCUGUUUCACUGCUUGAAGUAGAUAUGAACUUCAUGAAUUCAUCACUGUUACAAUUCAAGGAUGAUUCUAAUAAGGAAGAUGAAGUGAAUGAAAUCAAGGAGAAGAAUAGACCUUGGAGAACUCACUCAAAUUCUUCUUCACCAACGCAGAAACGUCCCAAGAAUUUCAGAUACUCAGGCUCAGGUAAUACAGAGACUACACUGAGUAAGUCCAUUACUUUUAGGAGAUUGAGAGAUUUGGAAUUUGAGGAAGUAAAAGGGUUCAUGGAUCUUGGAUUCAUAUUCAAGAAAGAACACUUGAACCCCAGAAUGAUGAGUGUAAUCCCUGGCCUUCAGAGACUCAACAAAAAUAACACAGAAGAACAAGCUAGGAAAGAUGAAGAUGAUACUGAACAAGACCAAGAUAAAAGAAGUGUAACAAGACCAUACUUAUCAGAGGCUUGGCCAAUAAAGAGACCCAACUCACCUUUAUUAAAUCUGAAGCAUCCAAGGGUGUUUGCAGGUUCUGAUAUGAAGAAACAUCUCAGGUUCUGGGCAAGAGCUGUUGCAUCUGAAAUCCGGCAGGAAUCCUAAACCUCCAAAAUUUCCCCAAGGAACAACCAGUCAAUCUCCAAGAAAAUGUUCAUGCAUGUAGCAGCAGCUGUAAAAAAGAAUUCCUCACUACAGACUCGAUAAUAUCAUGAAUAAAGAUGAGCAAAAGAGCACCUUUUAUCACUUGUUCAACGACUUUGUAUUUGAAGGUGGACAUUGUUUCCUUUCAUGUUUUAUUAAUGAUACAAAGGGGAGGAGAUAAGCCAACAAAAAGGAAGAAGGAGCUAGCGGAUGGGCACUCUUCCCAUAUGGAUAUCAGGAAGAUGACUUCUUAGAGCAACCAAGAGUCCCAUGACACCAUCUUCAUGUGUGUUUUUGUCUCCAUCAUCCUUUGAUGCAUUUUUCAUGUUAUUCUUAUUUAUCCUUCUGUUUUGGAGUGAGAUGGUGAUGUUAUGUCUUCAAUGCUCAUACAUGUAUGACCCUGUCCCUUGCUAUACUAAUUACACAUUAAAUCGCACAGAAGCGU